CCAUUUUUCAAUUUCUUCUCUCUAUUUUUGCUUGUAAGCGAGAGUUUUAGAUCUGAAUCUCGAAGAAAAAAAUUUUGAUUUUAUCGUUACUAUUAUUAUUAUUUCUGACGGAAAUGGAAACGGAAAUUUUGAAGAGAGAGAAGAACACGAAAGAAAGCUUUGAGUUUAAUCCCUUUUAUAUUGGUUGGGAACAGGAAAAACCGCCAAGUACGACGAGGACGGCUUAGUCAAAAUCAUUUAACAGGAAGAGCUUCACCAUGAAGAAGUCGUUUCAAAUGGCUCAUCCACGAAGUCCUGGUGGGAGUGAUGCUGAUGGCAAUGAUCAUCAAGUUUAUGAUCAAAGCAUCAUAAUUCCAAACAAACUCAUCACUGCAGCCGAUGGCCUUGAAAGGAAAGAACUCUCAUGGUUUGCCACAUCUCAAAUCCCCACAGAUUUAGCGAUCCAAGUUCAAGGAGUCAUCUUCAAUGUUCACAAGUAUCCUUUGAUAGCAAAAUGUGGCUACAUUGGGCGGUUGGAACUUCAACCUUCAAUCUCAAAUUUUGGACGUGAUCUCAAGCUUGAAAAUUUUCCAGGUGGAUCAGAAACAUUUGAGAUGAUUCUAAAAUUUUGUUAUGGUCUCCCACUAGAUUUAAACCCCAAUAACAUAGCUUCACUGAGAUGUGCAUCCGAAUAUCUAGAGAUGACAGAAGAAUUUGAAGAUGGGAAUCUCAUAGCCAAGACAGAAGCUUUUCUCACGUUUGUAGUCCUGGCUUCCUGGAAAGACACUAUUACUGUCCUCAAAUCUUGUGAAACCCUAUUUCCAUGGGCAGAAAGCCUCCAGAUUGUCAGAAGAUGCUGUGACUCAAUAGCUCAUAAGAUUUCAAGAGAGAACGCAUCAACUGGAGAAAUAGUUAGUGAAGAAAGUUGGUGGUUUGAUGAUGUGGCUACCCUUCACAUUCAUCAUUUCAUGAGGAUUAUGACAGCAAUUAGAGCAAAAGGAACAAAAGCAGAGAUCGUAGGUAAAUGCAUAAUGAAUUAUGCAGAUAAAUGGCUGCCAUACAUGGAUGAGGAACUGGAAGGACUGAGGGGAUAUGGAUACGGAAAGAGUGAGUUGCAGUUCAUCAUUUUGAGAAGGGAGGAAGAAGAGAGUUCUGCGCAAAACAAGGAGCAAAGAACAAUUAUUGAAAACCUAGUAAGCAUACUUCCGUCUCAAUAUGAAGCUGUUUCAUGUAAGUUCUUGUUGCAGAUGCUGAAAACAGCCAUGGUAUAUUCCGCGUCACCAGCUCUGAUAUCAGAUCUUGAAAAGAGAAUUGGAAUGAUGCUGGAAGAUGCCAAUGUUAACGACCUACUGAUCCCUAAUUAUAAAAAUGAAGAUCAGGGAAUAAUGGUAAAUUCGCCUGAGCAGCGAACAAUGCACAACAUAGAUGUGGUGCAAAGGAUUUUGGACUAUUUCUUGCUGCAUGAACAACAACAACAACAGCAACAAAUGGGGAAAACAAAUGUUAGUAAGCUAUUGGACAAUUACUUAGCUGAAAUAGCAAGGGAUCCAAAUCUUUCCAUCACAAAAUUUCAGGUUCUUGCUGAAUCCUUGCCAGAAAAUGCUCGAUCAUGUGAUGAUGGUCUCUAUAGGGCCAUGGAUAUCUAUCUCAAGACUCAUCCUUCACUAUCUGAGCAUGACCGGAGAAGAUUGUGCAAAAUAAUGAACUGUGAAAAACUAUCAUUUGAUGCGUGCAUGCAUGCUGCACAAAAUGAUAGGUUGCCCCUACAAACGGUUGUUCAGAUUUUAUUUUCAGAGCAAGCAAAAAUGAGGAUGGCAAUGCAAGGUAAGGAACCAUUAACAAGAGGAGAUAAUUCCGAACAAGAGGAACAUCGACCAUCCACAAACACAGAGAUAAAGGACCUCAAAUCAGAACUUGAGAAUGUAAAGACAAAGAUGUCAGAACUACAAAAUGACUAUUCUGAUCUGCAACAAGAGUAUGAAAGGAUAUGCAACAAGCAAAAGAAUGCAUCAGGUUGGAGUUUGAAUUGGAGGAAGAUUAAGAACUCUUUCCAUGUGAAGGCAGAAAGUGAUGACACUGGAGACGGACAGAAUAGAUCAAAUCCAGCGGGCUUUAGACUCAGCUUUAGACGCAGGCGAUCGUUAUCUUAAAAUUUA